CGCAAUUUUAUCAAAAUCGAUCCCAACAAGGAGAUCGUGCUGGACGUCAGUAGCACGAGCUCGGACAGCGACGAGAAUUAUGUAACCCCGUUGACAGAAUUACGGGAACGUGAAUUGAAGAAGAAGCUGAAGGAGGCUAAGAAAAAGCGCAAGGAGAAGAAGUCCAAGAAGAAGCGUAAGAAACGCGAGAGGUCGGACAGCAGUGACAGCGAGUCCGAGUCAGAAGCGUCCAGCGAGGAAGAAAAGAGACAUAAACAUAAAAAGAAAAAGAAAAGCUCCAAACAUAAGAAACGUAAGAAGCAUAAAAAGGACAGUUCAUCCGAGAGCAAUGAGGACAGUGAUAAAAAAUAAAUUGUGAUCGCUCAUGGCGGCUGAAAGAAUCCAAGCAUCGGAUUGGUCUACGAGCUAAAAUUACUGCACGUGUCAACCAAUCGGGUGGAUUUAGAUGACGCUACGCCAUUUUUUAUUGAUCCGCUAUAUUCAUCAUCACAUACUGCUCGAGGAAAUAUAGACAAAAGAUUUUCUUGAAGGAGAGAAGAAUUAUUUUGCGAAUUAUUAAUAACAAUGACGCGACAUGCGAGGAAUUGUACUGCGGGUGCAGUGUACACGUAUCACGAGAAAAAGAAAGAUGCUGCGGCAUCAGGUUAUGGUACUAACACUCAACGAGUGGGUAAAGAUUCUGUCAAGGAUUUCGACUGCUGUUGCUUGACUCUACAACCUUGUAGGAAUCCAGUAAUAACAAAGGAUGGCUAUCUAUUUGAUAAAGAGUCGAUACUGGAAUAUAUUUUGACUAAAAAGAGGGAAUAUACAAGAAAAUUAAAGGAGUAUGAAAAGCAGAAGCAGAAAAAGGAGGAACAGUUGCAAGAACAAACUGCUAAUGAAGAAUUGAAGAAGCUGCAGAAUUUUCUGAAAGAUGAAAAAACUAUUGUAUCAAAUGGUUUGAGCACAACGGACGGAGUUUCUGUAUCUAAUAUGAAAAAUGGCAAAGACAAAGUGUUACCAAGCUUCUGGAUACCUUCUAAGACACCGGAAGCAACGGAAACCUCCUUACAGAAGCCUGACAAGACUAUCUAUUGUCCUGUCAGUGGAAAUCCAUUGAAAGUGAAAGAUUUGAUUCCUAUAAAAUUCACACAAGUUAAGGAUCCAGAUGACAAGAGAUCGCUUAUCGUCAAACAAGCACGAUACAUGUGUCCCAUUACACAUGACAUCCUGGGCAACAAUGUGCCUUGCGCUGCGAUAAAGACAACCGGCGAUGUGGUCACUAUGGAAUGUGUGGAAAAAUUAAUAAAAAAAGACUGGAUUAAUCCCUUGGACAAUUCUAAACUAACGCCAUCUGAUAUUAUCCUUUUACAAAGAGGUGGUACUGGUUAUGCAUCUGUUAAUGACUCAUUAGAGGGUAAGCACGAAAGACCGGUGUUGCAGGCGUGAGGGGCAAUUUGUAUAACUUUAUGGUAAAUAAGUUUUUCAGGUGUAAUUAAGGAUGUACAAAUUUGAAUGUAGAUAAAAAUCUGCAAAUUAAUUAAGCAUUAAUUAUUAUUUAUGUAUUUUAUUUAAUACAUUUAUUUUCAAAUAAAAUAUGUUCAAACAUUACAA